CUCUCAUCAGUUAUCAGUUAUUCAAUACAGACCAUCUUAGAAACAACUCGUCAAAAUGUUCAGCUUGGUGGUGUUGUCUACUGUCCUUGCCGUUGCCGCUGCCGGAGCUCCUUGGGUUGCUCCAGUUGCCUACGAACAUUAUGCUGCCGUCCCGACUGUUGUGGCUCAGAAGGAAAUCGCCUACCAGAAGAAUAUCAUCGAAGAGCCAACCAUCACUCAUGUUGGAAACAUUGAAAAGAAGAUCCCAACAGGAUACUCGUACCAAAAGUUUACCCAGUAUCACAACAAGCCGGUCGCACAGGAUGUGUACGCUCCAGCUGUCAGAAAGACUCUAGUCGAAACUCCAGUCGAGAAUAUCGUUUACCAAGCCCCUGCUGUUGCUGCCCCAGUUCUAACCUAUGCUGCUCCAUCCUUAACCUAUGCUGCUGCCCCACUCACCAAAGCUGCCUACAUCAAUGCUGCUCCAUCCUUAACCUAUGCUGCUGCCCCACUCACCAAAGCUGCCUACAUCAAUGCUGUUCCAGCACUGAAUUAUGCUGCGCCAGCUUUGACUUAUGGAACUCCACUUCUCAAGAAGGCCUACAUUGAUGCUGUUCCCGCUCUCAGCUACGCUCCACUGGCCAAAUCAGUUUACUCCCAUGGUUUGCCUGCUGUGUACGAUUCACCAGCCAUUUUCUCCAAAUAUUAA